AUGGGUGAUGCCUCUUGCCCACCAGAGCUGCCGGAAGAGUCGUCGUCGGCCCUGCUGCCGAUCAGGAUCUUGACUCACAACAUACGCUUUGCGACCGACACACCCGACGAAAGCGAGAAGCUGUGGCCCGACCGCUUCGCUUACCUCUCGAGCCACUUCAAGUACCACACGCGUCCACAUUUCGCUCCCCAGUCGACGCUGGUUUGCAUGCAAGAGGUCCUCCACGGACAGCUUCUGGAUUUGCACACCCAGACGUUCAAUACUUCGACGACGUCGUCGCUGCAAGCCUCCGGGGACGACGACAAUGACUGGACGUACGUCGGGGUCGGGCGCAACGACGGCAAAACCAAGGGAGAGUACAGUCCCAUCUUCUUCCGCAAGUCCGCCUGGAAAUGCAUCCACUGGGAAACAGUGUGGUUGAACGAGACGGGCGAAGUGGGCAAGAAGGGCUGGGACGCGGACAGCAUCCGCAUCCUGACGUGCGCCGUGCUGGAAUCGGUCCUUGUCGACAACAACACUGCCUCGGAUGGACAAAGAAACCAGCUCAUGCUAGCCAUGAACACGCACCUCGACAACGAAGGCAAAAUCUCGCGGCGAGAAUCCGCCAAACUCAUCCUCCGGGUCGCUUCUCGCUUGCGAUCAAGGUACAACCCAACCUUCACCUUCCUGACGGGCGACCUGAACAGCCACCCGGACGGAGACGCGUACCAGAUCCUCAACGCGGCCGGGUCCGGCUUCGUCGACACCCGCCGCCUCGUUUCGCAAAGCAACCACGACGGCAAAAUCUACGCGUACGGCAACGAACUCACAUUCACGGGCUUUCCACCCGACCCCGCCGCCGAGGGCAGGGAACGCAUCGACUUUGUGCAUUUGGGCAUUCCGCUGCCGCCGUCCGAGGCCGAGGCAAGUAGUCAAGGGGAAGAAGAGCCGUACGACCAAGUCAAGGAGAUGGUGCAAGGGUACGGCGUCCUACCGAAUCGAUUCGACGACAAGGUGUGGAUGAGCGACCACCGAGCCGUGGUCGUGGAUUUGCUGGUGAGAUUUUGA